UGCGCAGUGCUGUGGCCGGCAGCGCGAGCGUCCCUGGUGAAGGGCUAGUGUGGUGUGGUGUGUGUCAGCGUCUCGUUCGCUGCUUGCGGCACCAUGGCCAGCUACAGCGUGGAGGAGCGCGCCAACCCCAACAGCCUGGAGUACCGGCUCUUCUUCAAAAAUGAUAAAGGAGAAUACAUUUCACCAUUCCAUGAUAUUCCAAUAUAUCCGGUUGCUGGCAAGAAUGUGUUCAACAUGAUUGUGGAAGUACCUCGAUGGACAAAUGCAAAGAUGGAGAUUGCAACAAAGGAUCCUCUAAACCCAAUUAAACAAGAUGUGAAGAAAGGAAAGCUGCGUUAUGUUGCUAAUGUAUUUCCUCACAAGGGCUAUAUCUGGAAUUACGGUGCUAUCCCACAGACAUGGGAACAUCCAGGACAUAAAGAUGAAAAUACUGGCUACUAUGGAGAUAAUGAUCCAAUUGAUGUGUGUGAAAUUGGAAGCAAGGUGUGCUCAAGAGGAGAAGUAAUUAAAGUGAAAGUUCUGGGCACACUGGCACUGAUUGAUGAGGGGGAGACAGACUGGAAAGUAAUAGCAAUCAAUAUUGAAGACCCUGAAGCAGCCAACUAUAACAAUAUUGAUGAUGUCAGAAAGAUGAAACCUGGAUACCUAGAAGCUACGGUGGAUUGGUUUAGAAGGUACAAGGUACCUGAUGGGAAGCCAGAAAACCAGUUUGCAUUUAAUGGAGAAUUUAAAGACCGGGACUUUGCAAUUAACAUCAUCAAAAGCACUCAUGAACACUGGACAGCUCUAGUAUUUAAAAAAACAGAUGGAGGAGAAAUCAAUUGUGCAAAUACAACUGUGUCAGACAGCUCCUUUUGUAUUAGUCAAGAAUCUGCUAAAGCUACUGUGGAAGCAGUACCACCUUGUGGAACUGCCAAUACAAUACCACCUGAAGUGGACAAGUGGUUCUAUGACCAGAAAAAUUAAGACCUAAAGGUUGAAAUGCCUACAUUUCUCCUACCAGGAAGCCCUAAGUUGGGGGUGGGGAGGAACGAGAAAUACUAGCUUACAGUUCCAGAGGAAAAAAUGGUCUUAUCCUAGGUAACUUAUUAUAACAGAAUUGCAUAUCUACCAAUGAUGUCAUGUUCAAGAUGUACCAAAGACAUGUGGAGACUAAAAGCAAUCAUUUUGUAAAAGAGCAGCUUCACGUGUCUUAAUAUGUAUCUUUAUACAUCACGACAAUAGUUGUUCAACUCAAUUGUGUACAGAAUACUUGAUGGGUGUUCACUGUAUGUUAGUACGAAAUAAAAAUUAUUUUGCUGAAAUUCA